ACAGAUUCAUUUUAGUUUUUUAGUAUCACUUUUAUUAGUGCUAACAAAGAAACUUUAAGAUAUAUGUUUAAAAAUGAACGAACCAAUCAGUUCUAAUGCACCGGAACCGAAGAUAGUAGGAGUUUGGACCGAGGGAGCCCGCAUUGAGCCGAAAGAAUUUAUAAUUCCGAAAAAUUCACCAGAGUCCAGUGAUGAUAUACCAACUAUACCUGACCUGGACGACUUGCAGGAUAUUCUAGAAAAGGAGAUAGCCAAACCGCCUCCUACAGACCAUAAAGACAGGGAGACUGUCAACACCUUGGCUGCUGUGGGCGAUGGAUACUCAGGCUCGGCGGAUGGUGUGGAGGCCGCGCUAGCAGCACUGCGCGCGCGUGUUCCCACAGUCCAGUCUGCUUCUGACACUGUUUGGACCAUUGACUCACUACUAGCUCAACUAGCUGAGGAGGGAACUGACCAGGAAUAGGAAGUUAAAUGCAAUUUCGUCUAUUGAUUUUUUGUCAUGUCCUCUGUAAGGUAUAAACCACUCCAAUCGCGAUUUAUUAAUGUGAGCACACUGAUAUAUUUAAAUCUCACUACAGUUUGAUCUCUAUACAUAUAAACCACUAGCUUAAGUAAUGUGUGAUGGUUAAUUUGCUUUAGCAGAAAGCCAGAGAUUGCAUGUGUCUAGAAUUGAUUAAUUGUGUGACUCUUUAAGUCUUUAGGUACUUCACCUUAUCCUUUCAUACAACAUAAUGAAAUACUAUGUAAUUAUAACAUUUAGUUAGAUUAGAAGGUUAUCAAAAAUAGGAAAGAA